ACCGUUCCCCGGAUGAAACAGAGUUGUUAUGACAACGACGGUAAAGCAGUAAAACGAAAGUACGGUUGCACACACACUAAACGUUUGUACAUCGUGUUGCUGGAAGUAUUUCAUUCAUGGAUGCCGGAGCAAACACGUAUCUCAUUAGACCGAAUUAUAAAGACAAGUUCAAGGCAGGGGUGGCAAAGGAGUGUAUUAGAGAAAUCCUCAGGGAACAGCUGUAUGGAGUGCAGUACAAUCCAGAGGAGGUUCCCACAUUAUCAAGAUCUUUAGCAGACUCGAUUAAAAACAAGCUGAAAGAUGUGGGCUUUGACAGAUACAAGCUCAUUGUGCAGGUGGUUGUUGGAGAGCAGCGUGGGGAAGGAGUCAAGAUGGCUGCACGCUGCUUCUGGGAUGCAGAUACAGACAGCUAUGUUCAAGAUAUAUACAUGAACGACAGCUUGUUCUGUGUGGCUGCUGCAUUUGGUGUGUAUUAUUACUGAAGACAAACAGAAGAUGUGCUGAGGACCAAAUAUUUUGUAGGGGAGUAUUUUUGUGAUAUUUAUUUAAACCAUCACAUUCAGUUUUAUUAUCAGUCGCAUUCAUGUUUGUUGGUCUGUAUACCUCUCUGCAUGAUUUUUUUUUUUUUUCUGAUAUUACUGUCUGAGUGCUGAAAACUUUCACAUUAUAUUAUUAUCAUUUAACAAAAUAUUACGGCAAUAGCUUUGACAUGUCUGGAUUGAAGGCACAUAAAUCCAUUUCUGAAUGCCGCCUUAAUGAAAAUAACUACAUUAAAUUAGUUAAAUGUGAAAA